CUUAAGGUGUAGGGGGGGACCAUUUUGCGGACGUACACGACAUAACCGGAAGUAUACGGGAAAUUGUUUUAGCAUGUUGCACUUAUAGCGUAAAUUUCUUGGGUUAUAGUUGAUGUGAGCUCAUUUUAAGAUCGAGGUGAUUAUUCGUGAUUAGUCGCUGAUCGUGAUGGAAAACAGGAGAAGAGACAAAAGGUCUCCUGUUCGCGAUGGCAAGAUAAAAAUUAAACAGGAAAAGCUCAGUCCUGCUAGGCCUCAGAGAUCACGCCGCUCGAGUUCGGGCUCCAACCGCAGCAGCACGAGUCCUCCGCCGAGGAGACGGGAGCACAGAUCGCCCAUCAGGGAAAAGGACAAAUCUCCUGGAAGAAGAGAGCGCUUGUCAGGUCGACACGGGGACAGACCAGCCCGGGACAGGAGGAGUCGGAGUCCACACCACGGAGCUGAUAAUAGGAUAAAGCGGGAAAAAGAGGACCGUAAUGAAAGGGGAAAUAAGGUAGAUGAGCGACGUGUUAAAAGGGAAGAACAGCGGCAUCACCAGCGAGAUCGUGAAAGAGGCCCGGAGCGGCACAGAGACGGGUCUCGGGAGCAGGAUUCACAUCUGUAUCAGCAGCAGCAAGCGGAAAGGGAGCGGCAUGACGAGCGUCGCCGAGAAAACCGUCAGAGGCAGGAGGCAAGAGAUGGAAAUGAGACACAAGCCUUUGGUGGUGGAGAGGAAGAGGAGGAGGAGGAGGCUCCUACUGCUGACAAAGAGAAGCCCAACUUUGAACUCUCGGGAGCUCUGGUGGAAGAUACCAACACGUACAGAGGGGUGGUUAUUAAGUAUAACGAGCCUCCUGAGGCCAGAAUCCCUAAAAGGAGGUGGAGAUUGUACCCCUUCAAAAAUGACGAACCGCUUCCGGUGAUGUACAUCCACAGGCAGAGUGCUUACCUGCUGGGAAGGCAAAGGAAGAUAGCCGACAUACCUAUUGACCACCCCUCCUGUUCCAAACAGCAUGCUGUAUUCCAGUACAGGUUAGUGGAGUUCACACGAGCCGACGGAACCACAGGCAGGAGAGUGAAGCCCUACAUUAUCGACCUGGGUUCAGGUAACGGCACGUACCUGAACAAUCAGCGUAUAGAGCCACAGCGCUACUACGAACUCAAGGAGAAAGACGUGCUGAAAUUUGGCUUCAGUAGUCGCGAGUACGUGCUCCUGCACGAGUUUUCUGACACAGCAGAGGUCGACGCUAAGAAGGAUGAGGAUGAUGAGGAGGAGGAUGAAGGUCUUGAUGAAUAGUCAGUGCUCAGAUUACCAAAGUACAUUUGUUUUAAUAGACUUUUACAAAGAGCACUGACUGUACAGUCUCGAUCGCUGUGAUAAACCCAGAUGUCAAUGGGUUUUUAUGGUUUUGAUGUGACCAUUGUUUUAUGAAUGAGGUUUAUCAAGAAACGCAGUGAUGGGCUUCGACCUGACUGCUUUCUGUGUAUAAAUCAUUCUCAGGUGGACAGCAUAAGCAUCAUAUCAGACGGCUUUGUAUUGUCUGGUACUGCCCGGUGUAGUCCCUUUAUCCCAAGUGCUCAAUGCCAGAACAAAAUAUAUAUUUUUUUGGAUUAUUUGUCAGUGAACGUCUAAAUUCUGUAAAUAUCCUGGAUGUCAUCAUUGUUAUUAUUUUAGUUGGUAAUUUUUAACAAUUAUGAAAAUGGCUAUUUCUAGUUUGUAGACAUUCUUGUAUUUUUUCUUUUUUUCCAUUUUUCUUUUUUUUUUUUUGCUAAAUGUUGCAUACUAGUGAGAUUUGUUUUCAUUAUUGUUCUACUCCAAAGUAAUUACAUUUCUUUCUUUAAAAUAUUGAGUUGCAUAAUACUCUGUAUGUGGUUUAGUUGUUUUCUAUUGUAAAAUAAAACCAGGGAAGAAUGUGUGUAUUA